UCAUGCGAGCAUGCACCUGAUGGUGUGAGAAUGUGUGAGAUGGGAUGAAGCCGAGCAGAACUUCGGGUGCCAGGGAAAGAGUGCGACAGGUGCUUUCUCGAACAGAUACAGAUUCAUUUGUUGCGGACGAUUGGAAGAAGGUCUUGGAUGGAUGUUGUGGAGGAUGUCCUCCAGAACUGGGCGUCCUGUUAGAAGAUCUUCAGCUCGCCUCUCCAAGAUCGACACUGGACGCCAAGUCCUUCCUUGAUGCCAUUUUUCCAGGUUCUGCUGGUUCAGCUGGCGCCUGUGCACUGCGCAUCAUCCAAAUCACAGAUGUUUACAUCCUUGACAACUUUCCGCACUUGAAAACUCUUAUUCGAGCGAAGGAGGCAGACUUCAAGGCCCAACAUGGAGGAGGUGCUCGCUGUAUUUCAAUGUUGACUGGAGACUUUUUGGCUCCGUAUCUGCUCUCCUCAAUCGAUAGAGGAGCUGGCAUGAUUCGAAUGCUGAAUGAGACUCCAAUACAGUACCUGACCUGGGGCAAUCAUGAAGCUGACUUGUCUCAUGAAGAUGUCAUGUGCAGAGUGGAAGAGUAUCAAGGUGUAUGGAUCAACAGCAACAUGCGCUCCCAUGAGUCCUUUGACAAAUGUCAAUGUCAAACAGAGAUGGAGAUCAUUGACCUGAAAUCAAGUACUCAAAGCCGGAGGGUGGGACUUGUUGGUGUGCUGAGCAACGAACCAAAUUUGUACAAACCUGGUGCGUUUGGCAGUGCAACCAUUGAAGAUCCAUGGGAGACAUUGGCCUACUACAAGAAGCUCUUGGAAAAGGACCAUGGUUGCGAUUUGGUCCUGCCACUCUGCCACUUAUAUGAAUCUCAAGAUGAGAUCACUUGCAAAAAUUUUGAUUUCCCUGUGAUCCUAUCUGGACAUGAUCAUCAUAUUGUGGAUCGAGUGGUGGAUGGCACUCGAAUUCUGAAACCUGGUUCUGAUGCGCACCAUGCCAUCCAACUCGACCUCAUUUGGGAUUCCGCGGAUUCACGGCCUCGGAUUGAAGUGGAACUGCUGAGAGUGGCCGACUUUGAAGCUGAUGCUGUGCUGGCAGACACCGUGAAGGAGGUUUAUUCCAAUUUGGAUCAUUUGCGAAACACGCACAUCGUCAAGGUACCGCCUUCCUACCAACCUUUGAGCUCGAUCAACUCAAGAGGUUCCUGUACCUCUGCGGCUCGAUUCCUUUGCAGUGAGAUACGGUGUGCUCUUAACCUGGACUGCGUAGAGGAGGCCCCGCACUGUGAUUGUGUUCUGAUCAACGGUGGCAACUUUCGCGGAGAGCGAGACUACAAGCACGUGACCCACUUAUCCCUGGAGGAUCUCAUGUCUGAAAUUGAUCAGUCCGUGGAGAUUGUUGUGGCCAAUCUGCCCGGAUGGGUCUUGAAGAAUGGCCUGCGAGAAACCUGGGGCGUGGUCGGCGGGGCGUGGAUGCAGCAUGAUGAUCAGGUGGAGGUGAACUCCCAUGGAGAGAUCACAGCCAUCGGCGGUAGUGUACUGAAGCUCCAGCACAUCUACCGGGUUGGCUCCACGAGGAGAUUUGGGAUCCAGCUCAUCCCAAGUGUGGCGAAUUAUUGGAAAGAGAAGCCUGAGCUGAAACCGAACCCUGAAUCUGGAAUUCCAGUGCAUUCGCUUCUGCUACACUUCUGGGCCGAAAAGGUUUGGAUUCGAAUUUGGGCCUACUUGGAUCAGGACAACGAUGGUCGGAUCGAUUCAGAGGAAAUCAAGGCACUGGACAGGUCUGGACGUGGCGAGCUGAACCAUGGUGACAUCAUGUGUGCUGUCAAGAGCGUUGCUCAAAUGGAAACCUUCGAGGGCGAGUAUACCCUGACUGACUUAGUCAUGAAGGUGGCUGGCCAGCGUGGUGACGGCACUCUGACUUUGAAAGAGAUGAAUCGCCGACGGCGCAUGCGCCGCAGGCAACUGCGAAUGGCCAGGACCCGGGAGUGCAACUUUCCAUGUGAGCUUUUGCCAGAUGCUGAUGUACAAGAUCAGCAGCAAAAUCUGUGACCAGAGAUCACUGUGGCUGGUGGGUCUCACAAUUUUGAGCCCAACUGGUCACAGACUGUACCAAGAGAUGUAGAGAUGUAAACAUCAGCAACGCCACUGCUGCACAAAGUUGCAAACCGGCACCAGAACACUUGGAUAGCCGAGUGGCAGGAGCUGUAAAACGUUUAAACAUCGAAAGCAAAA